AUGGAAAAUUAUGUAGGCCUUACCGCGCACCUGAGACCCGUCCCGGAGGAUAAGAGCGGCGCGCGCGCGUGUGUGCGCACAGCGACUGCGCGCGCGCACGGCAACCGGCCACGCAGGAUAAUGGACGGUUGUAUGUGGGAGUUGUUCAUCACCGUACUAGUCACAGCAAAUGCAUUAGAAGGGAGAAAAAUGAUGCACAUACCAGAGAAAAUUAUUGGAGGGGUCAUUGACAUUGUCCAGAAUCAUAAGAACAAGCCUACUCAGCAGACUACCACCGUCCAGACCCAGACGCAGCAGCAGAACUUCCAACAAGGAAACCCUCAGCAGUAUGCACCUUGGAACACAGGCUAUCAGACUCAAGGUCAAGCGCAGUACCAAGGACAAUAUGUAAACUACGGCUACCCCCAACAGGGGAGCUAUCCUCAAGGAGGGUACCUUAACAACCAGGUCUACCCAACUGGUCAGCAAUUCGGAGGAACCCAAGCCCAAGGACAGUACCAACAGACCAAUACAUUCGAUGGUCAGCAAGCCAACCAAUUCCAGAAUCAAGGACAGGUACAAGCACAAAAUCAAUACCAAAAUCAACAGUCUGGACAGUUUGUCAACCAGAAUCAGUUUGCCAGUGGAAACUACCAAGGUGCUCAACCUCAACCUGUGAACCAACCAGCUAACCAGCAAGUUAAUUACCAACCUACGAACCAACCCUCGGGUGGUUUUGUACAGCCAACUGGGUCAUACGGAAGCCAUCAAUCAACUAAUUUCGGCAACCAACAGACAAGUUUUGUUGGCCAAACUCAAGCCACAAAUAACUAUGUCGGAAACCAACCGGGUCAGGUACCACAGUCCACCUUUGUAGGCCAAAAUUUCCAAUCAUCACAAUUCCAAGGACAACCUGGUAACCAAGGUGCCCCAGGGUUUGCCGGUUCCAAUAAUGGUAGUUACCAAAUGACCAGUGGUGGUCAUCCAUCUGGAACUCCUGGCCCUACUUGCGUGUGUCAAGCCUGGACUAAACCUCAAAAUGGAGUACUGAAUGAUAAUGCGGCACAGAGGAGUGAAGAGAAUGAUGAGAAAACUAUUUAA